AAAAAUUAUUGACAGAUACAGAAAUUAACGACUUUUGGAGGGAAAUUACAUGGGUUUCGGUGUGGAGAAUACAGAAUUUGGAUAUAAAUUAUUGUUUAUUUAUUACAAAAUAUACAAUUUCAUGCAGUACUAUGUCGCAAACUAAGCUCACAACGUUUUUCAAUAGCAGAAAGAGGCCAGCGACAGAUGAAAUCGUAAGUUCAAAGAACAAAAUCGCGCACAUUGAACGUGCAGAUUCGUCCAUAAAAUUGGGUAGAAAAACUCCUUUGCUGAAACACAAUGAUAUAUUAGCUCGUAAUGCUAAACAAACAAGUACAGUAGCAAGUCAAUCAGUAGUUACAAAGACCGCCGAAGUCCAAUUGGCGAGAAAUGACAACAAAGUUGAACCCCAACAAAGUGUGGAAGUGUUCGCGAAAAAAGCUAGUGCUUCGAAUAUAAUCAAAAGCUCCGAUCCCUCCAAGCCUGUGUCUGUAAAUGCGGCAAGAAAAGAAUUAAGCUUAGGUGACAUAAAAAAGAAAUUAGCAGCAAGUAGUAGGUUAGCUGAACUUAGGGCUACUGCUGAUCGUUUAAGUAAAGGUAUACAAGAGCUCAAAGAAACCACCGACAAAAAGAUUCGCAAUGAAGCCGUCACAAAGAACCUGAAAGAAUUUAAGUCCAUUGAUGUGGAUGUUCCUCAAAGUCCUAGUAAGCAGUCAACAAUUAGAAAGGAAUUUUUGUCACCAAAGAAAGAAAGUGAAGGUGGCGAGGUUAAGCAGAGACCUCUUAUAUCCCCCAGGAAGGUUUUCGUCAGCCCAGUUAAAAGCCCUAGCAAGGUUCCAGCCUACAUAAAACAUUCUUCUUUGGCACCUUCAUCCAGUCUACCAUUACCACACCACUACAGAUUCCUUGCAGAGCUGUUCCGUGGCAUGGAAACCGUUGUAGCUCUGCUAUAUAAUAGAAACGAGAAAAUAACCUUCAAUAAGCUAAAACCAUCUGUACAGGAAAUGCUCAAAAGAAAUUUCACAGAAAAGCACUUGGCUCAAAUCAAACAUUUGGUUCCAGACUUUUACAAUUUUGAAGUGCAGAAAAAUAAGAACUUCAGCAAUACAUCUCACAAGGAGUCCUAUGAGCUGAUGAUUUCUCCCAAUUUCCCCAAUGAUAUAAAAAUCAUGAAUCCUAGUGUGCUAUUGGAGAGAAGAAGAUAUUUCUAUGACAUCCUUCUGCAAUUGGUCAAAAAACACCAUGCUCAGUUUUGCUCGACAUUGGAUCCUCCUAUCGAAAUUCCCGAUGACAAAAUAGUACGCUGGCAUCCAGAGUUUGAGAUUGAGAAGCUUCCUGACAUAGAUACCGCUAAGCUUCCCGAAGUGCCCAACACAGAAAGGUAUUCUUCCGCCCAAGAUGUCCUCGCAAAGGCUCGAGAAUUAUUCAAAUGCAAUACAAAAAUGGAGAGAGCAUUAGAAAAACUUGUGCAGGCUAAAGCGAGGGGCUUAACAGAACAAGAAAAAGUUGCCACUGGUAUCAAAGAAACUCCAAAAUCGACUAGUGUUACCACACAGACAAAUCAGCCUUCCACAAGUGACAUCCAGAUUUUGAACCCUGCCCUCCGUAAUUUGCCAGCUGCAUUAUUAGAAAAGGUAAAAGCUAAGCAAGCAGCCAAGGCUCUUGAAGCUAUGACAAGGUCCACUGAGAGUGACCAAAAGUACUUGACAUACAGUCGACUACCAGAUCUGGCAAGAACGUUGAGGAAUAUCUUUGUCACAGAGAGGAAGAAUGUAUUAGCCCUGAACAUCGUGUUGUCUAAAUUGGACAGUAGUUUCAAAUCCAGUGUAUCUGCUAAUGAUUUAUACAAAGACAUAAAGUUGCUUGUGGAAGAAGUACCCGAGUGGAUUAAAAUACAUGAAAUAAGAAACACUACUUAUUUAAAAUUAGAUAAAAAAGCUGAUUUGAAGAAAAUUACUUCUAAAUUAGAAGCAACAGCAGGUAAAUAUAAAUAUUAGGUUAAUGUGUUCGUAAAGACUGAUAAAGCACUAAGCAUGAUAGAUUUUUAAAUCAAUAUAAGUCUAGAGUACAAUUUUACUUAUAGUAUUAUUUAAAUAAUUUUAUUGUUAUCAUGUAAAGGUUAAGCUAAUGUAACUUUAAUAGUUACACUAAAAUACUUAACUAAUAAUAGUUAAGUAUCUUAACUACUCAAUAGUUUAAAAUUACUCUAUUUUUUCUUUGUAAUAUGAAACAUGAAAUGGAAUUCUUAGCUCAUUCUCUUGCUUUUGACAUGGUUGUAAGGUUUAUUGACAUUUUAUUCAAAUAUGGAUUGAUGAAAAUGAUUUAGGCGGCAUAGGCUAGCAUUACCAAAUUUGUGUAUUUAUGUUGUCAAGCUAGAAUCCAACGAAAAUCCUUCAGGCUAGCCGCAUAAUCUCAUAUCUCUUAGAAAACUUUUUGCUCCACUCACUCUGCGAACAUCAGAAGCGUAAGUCCGAUACGGCGACAUUCUGACAGUCAUCCGCGUAUCGGGUCUUGUACAAAAUGUAUGAACAGUGUGAACAGUGUGUCCGAUUUUUUUCUGAUAGUAAUAUGCGGCCAGCUUAAAUAUGAUCAUAGCAUUAGAGUCACUGAUUGAGAGCGGUUACUCACUGCAUCCGAUCCGAAUCCGUGAAAACACGUUCUGAACUAUUUUUGUGUCAGUUUACGCACUAGGCCGACUUAGGUCCGAAAUAUUCGGACUGAAGGAACUGUACUGUUUGUAUGAAUCAUUUGUCAAAUUGGCCAUCAGACAAUGGAACAGAUCGGAUUAGUGCGUAGGAAAUAUCCAAAUUCACCACUGCUCCUCCAGCACUUGAUAAUUGUUAUUUUCUGUAUGUUAUAGUAAAUACUAUAAUAGUCUAUGAUAAGAAAAUAGAUUUGCGGCAAUCACGCAGCUUGGUUUCGUGGAAUCGCGCUAUUUUGCAAAGCACUGCCGCGAUGCGCUAAAAUUAUGUGAGUGACGACCUUUAGUGUGAAAAAUUAUAAAUUUUCAUAACUUAAAUUUUUUGGAAAAAAUUGCGUUACGUUUAGAUUGAAAUCAAAUAAGUACCACAAAUGCUAAAGAACAGGUUUAUCCGUGCAAACGCGCCUAUUAUAACUGAAUAAAAAAAAAAUGAUAUCAAAAACAAAAAUUCUAAAAAAUUACAUAGCGGAUUUUGUAUGCGCAACGAUGUUUUGUGAUACUAUGGUUGACAUCAUAGCAUUUUUUUCGUAAAUUAUUUUACUAUGAGUAUAUUGUAAUAAUUUAACUUAUAAUUACUUUUCUUUCUAGUAUGUACUUUUUUCUAGUUUUAUUUUGACGAAUUUCAUCAAAUGUUUGAUUCAUUGAAAUUCUUUUUUUGUUUACUUUGGAAACUACUUUUGAAUAAAAUAAAUUUUGUUAAAAUCA